ACAAAACCUUAUCGACACUUUGUCAAAUUCCCCAAAUUGCUACAAGGCAAUUUUUUUUAAAGAACCUAACCCUAACGACACCGUAUUCCUAAUUGUGCCUCGCCGAUUCUCAACUCCAUCUCCGUCGAUCUCUUCUCCGGCGAUCUUCUUCUCCGUUGACCCUUCAUCUCUCUCUUUGUCACUCUAUCUCUUUCUCUACACACACACAUACACGAAGAGAGACACAGACAUAAAUUCAUCGCCCAUUGCCUUGACUUGCUGGUUUAACUGAGAUAUGUCAUAAGUAGUGAUGGUGGACUACUAUGCAACUAAUCCUGGACCUAUUGAUGAUGUUGUGUUGUACGAUCAAGAUAAACAUGUAUCAUCUGCUAUUUGGGAAGGGCAGGAGCGUAGUGCUCUUAGGUGCCAUGAACACACAUCAAAGCUCGAUCAGUGGAUGCUCACGGAGAAACAGAUUGAGUUGGUUAAGAAGGCUGGAUUUGGCUAUUUAAGAAUGAUACCGGCAAUUAGUUUGGAUAACCCACUCAUUUCUGCUCUAGUUGAGAGAUGGAGGAGAGAAACUAACACAUUCCAUUUCACUGUUGGGGAAAUGACUGUGACCCUUGAGGAUGUCGCCUACUUGCUUGGACUACCAGUUGAUGGUGAAGCUGUUAUAGGUGUGACAUAUACUUCAUGUGAAGCAGUCUGUAUCAGGUUGUUGGGGAAAGCACCUGACUCGGGAUAUACGAGUGGUGGGAUGGUGAAGCUUAGUUGGUUGAAAGAGACCUUCUCUCAGUGUCCUGAGGAUGCUUCCAUGGAGGAUAUUGAGCGUCAUACACGUGCUUAUCUUCUUUACCUUGUCGGUAGCACAAUUUUUUCAACUACCACUGGCAAUAAGGUACCAGUCAUGUACCUUCCAUUGUUUGAAAAUUUUGAUGCAGCUGGCAAGUAUGCUUGGGGUGCUGCAGCCUUAUCCUUCUUGUACAGAGCGCUUGGGAAUGCUUCCCUCAGGUCUCAAAGCACAAUUAGUGGCUGUUUGACACUGUUACAGUGUUGGAGUUACUACCACCUCAAUGUUGGUCGGCCAAAGCUUAAUCAUGAUCCAAUCCAUGAAUGUUUCCCAUUUGUACUUAGGUGGAAAGGUAAACAAAGCAGUCCAACAUCAAACCGUGAUGUGGCAUUCUACCGAAAAGCAUUGGACUCUAUGAAGCCAUCUGACGUUGACUGGUGUCCUUACUCAAACAUUAGUCACACUGUCAUACCAGAACAUAUAUUACGCAGCCUCAUUCUCGGGAGAUCAAAGACCAUGUUGAUAUGUUAUGACAAGGCUGAAAGGCACCUUCCGGAUCGUUGCCUAAGGCAGUUUGGCAUGCAUCAGACAGUCCCUGAAGAGGUACAAAAGUGGGAAAGGAAGAGCCGGGGAGUUGAUGGUGGUGUAGAUCUCUCAACAAAAAUGGAGUCAGAGCUUAAUGAAUGGUCGAAUCGCCAUCUCUACAUUGUGGAGGCAGAGGAAGAUGUGGAAGAAAGUGAAUACAUGCAGUGGUAUUUGAGAGUUACAAGGAAGUUGGUGGGGAGGCCUGUGCCUAUCUCAUCUGAGUUUCAAAGAAUGAAUGCCGCACUGAGGGAGAUUGCCCUUAUAGCAGACACCCUUUCAACUCAUGGGAUGGAUGAUCAACAGUUACAAUCUGUCACAAGAAUCCGAUAUAUUACUUAUGAAUGCUUGAGGGAUCAGAUUGCAAGUACAGUAGUUGUUGCAACAAACUCACAAAGUGAAGUUGGAAAGAGAGUACGUGGAAAGGAGAGAGUAAGAAGGAAGGGGAUGGGCAAACGUAAGCGGAAAGAAGAGAUAGAGCAAUAUUAUGCAGCAGGGAUACCUGUGCAAUCUCGGUUACCUGCUGCAACUUUUGAUGCAGAUGACUCUCACCUAUAUCACAUGGGCAGUGAUGAUUUAUGUAUUACAGUAAGUGAGGAUGAUCACGGCCGGAUAUCUCAUGUGGCUCACAGUGUCGAUGAUUUGGAGCUUUGCGAAGAUGCUAAUGGACUUGACGAAUCACACUUCCAUCAUCUAGCUGAAGAAGAUGGCCGGCUCUCCAGUGAAGUAGCAGAAGAUAAGCCUCAUGCUUCAAUUGAUGUUGUUCCCCAGGUCUCCCAUGAAACUAGAGAGGACAUUGCCCAACAGAAUGAUUACGGGGUUCUUGUUUAGACCAGUAAAGAUGAGAUUUUUAUUCUGUAAGGGAUGAUAUUCUUUCUAAGAUUUAUAACUGUAGGUGCUUGACAAUAUUUUGCUCAUUUUGGUAUUAUUUCGUUGCAUUAUAUGUUCCUGUUCAUGGGCAGUCAAUGAUCUUCAGUCUUCCUGGGAACUUAGGAAAUCCAAGCUUAGGCUUGUUGUAAUUAGUUAGCUAGAGGCCUUUUUUGGCUUGCUUGAUUUUCCUUUCGUUUGGAUAUCCUUUUUGCCCUCCUUUACUGGUUAAGGAGAAGAAUUAUGCAGACUCUGAAUGCAUAAACAUGUAUUUGUGAAUGGUAAUAUUACGUCCUUAGCUUCUUCAACCUUUA